AGAAGGAGUGGCCGCGCCGGGCGGAGGGGAAGGGCGGCGGAAGGCGAGGAGGAGGCAGCGUGAGAGGAGACGCCGGACGGAGCUCUCCUUGCACCCGCAGACCCCAGCGCGAAGCAUGGCCGUGGCGGUGGGCAGACCCGCGAAUGACGACCUUCGAAAUCUCGCCCUGUCAGGCCAUGUCGGCUUUGAUAGCCUCCCUGAUCAGCUGGUGAACAAGUCAACCUCACAAGGUUUCUGCUUCAACAUCCUUUGUGUUGGGGAAACUGGCAUUGGCAAAUCAACCCUCAUGGACACACUAUUCAACACCAAGUUCGAAAGUGACCCCGCCACCCAUAAGGAACCUGGCGUACGGUUGAAAGCAAGGAGUUAUGAACUUCAGGAGAGCAAUGUCCGCCUCAAGCUGACAAUUGUCGAUACGGUGGGAUUUGGAGACCAGAUCAAUAAGGAUGACAGCUACAAGCCCAUUGUGGAAUACAUAGAUACUCAGUUCGAGGCCUACUUGCAGGAAGAGCUGAAGAUCAAACGGUCCCUGUUUAAUUAUCACGACACCAGGAUCCACGCGUGCUUAUAUUUCAUUGCCCCAACUGGGCACUCUCUGAAAUCCCUUGACCUGGUUACCAUGAAGAAGCUUGAUAGCAAGGUGAACAUUAUCCCAAUCAUAGCCAAGGCUGACACCAUUGCGAAAAACGAGUUACAUAAAUUCAAAAGCAAAAUCAUGAGUGAGCUGGUCAGCAACGGGGUCCAGAUCUACCAGUUUCCCACGGACGAAGAAACAGUGGCUGAGAUUAACGCCACCAUGAGUGUCCAUCUCCCAUUUGCCGUGGUUGGCAGCACCGAAGAAGUGAAGAUUGGCAAUAAAAUGGCCAAGGCUAGACAAUAUCCAUGGGGAGUGGUCCAAGUUGAAAACGAAAACCACUGUGAUUUUGUGAAGUUGCGCGAAAUGCUGAUCAGAGUCAACAUGGAAGACCUGAGGGAGCAAACUCACAGUCGGCAUUAUGAGCUCUACCGCCGUUGCAAACUGGAAGAGAUGGGGUUCAAAGACACGGAUCCUGACAGCAAGCCUUUCAGCCUGCAAGAAACCUAUGAGGCCAAGAGGAAUGAAUUUCUGGGUGAGCUACAGAAGAAAGAAGAAGAAAUGAGGCAAAUGUUUGUCAUGAGAGUAAAGGAAAAAGAAGCGGAGCUGAAGGAAGCAGAAAAAGAUCUUCACGAGAAGUUUGACCACCUAAAGAGGACUCACCAAGAGGAGAAGAAGAAGGUGGAAGACAAGAAGAAGGAACUUGAGGAGGAGCUGAACAACUUCCAAAAGAAGAAGGCAGCAGCUCAACUACUACAAUCACAGGGUCAACAGGCUGGCUCUCAACCCACCAAGAAGGACAAGGACAAGAAAAAUAACCCUUGGCUGUGCACAGAGUAAUGUCUCUCCUCACCACUUUUGGGAUGUGCAAAAAUCUGCAUAACAUAGUCUUUGCUUACCAAGUCCUCUGUCAAAUUUCUCCUAUCCUCCUAAAAGCCUUCAAAAUGCUAUGUACGUUUCAGCCCCAUGGAUUCUAAACUAUGGGACAAGGGAUCUCCAGAUAUGGGUGUCUCCAUAAAGGACAAUUACCAAGAGAAAAAACAACAACGAGUAAUUGGGUCUGUAGGAGAUAACAAUGUCUUCAAAAUAUUGAAGUUGAAUAGUACAAGACUGGACUUACUUAGGAUACGAUCUUUGCAGUCAACAACUGAACAAGAACUAAUAAUUGUGGGUUACUAGGCAUUGCCACUUUAGUGGGAUCCUGUCAAAUGGAUCUUGAUUAAUGAAUUCAUAAGGAAAUAAACAAAUUGGACGUAAAGCCUGUAGGCACAAUUUCAAGAGACGAUGGAACAGCCACGUGGAAUUCCUCAACUUCAAGGGCUAAUUGUUUGAAUGAAAUUGGUACGUCACAUUCAAAAAUAGGAUUCCUCAAUGUAGGCACCGUCCAGAUACAUGAUCUUCAAAUUCCCAGAAUUCUUUGAGGUGGACAGGCACGAACAGGGAUUUCUGGGAUUUGAAGUAGCUUCAACAUCGAUCAGAUGGCUUCAGUAGGACUGAAAAAUCUUACAUCAAGACCUUUUUCUCAAUCGGCUAGAGAUCUCCUAGUGAAUGCUAUGUUUUGCAAACUCUGAUGUACUUGUUGUGAGCUUUUGUUAUUCCUGGCUAUGUGAAUUGUAUGUUUCUUCGGAGUCAUAUUGUUUUUACUAGAACUUUGCAUUAAAAAUGGAAUCGAAAUCACA